ACCUCUCUCACAUUAAUCCCCCAAAAACAAUUUCUCCUAAAUCAAAUCCAACUUUUCCUUUAUUAAACCAAACCAAACCACCUCUUUAUAUAAACCCCCUCUUCUCCCCCUUAUUCUCCCUCUCCUUCCCCUCUCUCUCUCUCUCUCUCUCUUAAAUCAACUCUUCUCUUUCUCUCUCCUCUCAACAAUGGCGGAACUUAACAAUGGCGGACAUUCCAAAGGAUUAGUCGUAAGCUUCGGCGAGAUGUUAAUCGACUUCGUCCCUACAUCUUCCGGCGUUUCCCUCGCAGAAGCGCCGGGAUUCCUCAAAGCUCCCGGUGGUGCUCCGGCGAACGUUGCGAUCGCUGUUUCUCGCCUCGGCGGAAACGCCGCUUUCGUCGGAAAACUCGGUGACGAUGAAUUCGGACACAUGCUCGCCGGAAUCCUUAAGAAAAACGGCGUUUCUGCUGACGGUUUGAGCUUCGAUAAAGGCGCUAGAACUGCGCUUGCUUUCGUCACUUUGAAAUCUGACGGUGAAAGAGAGUUCAUGUUUUACCGGAACCCUAGCGCCGACAUGCUUCUCACUCCCGACGAGCUUAACCUCGAUCUCAUUCGAUCGGCUAAGGUGUUCCAUUAUGGAUCAAUUAGCUUGAUUGUGGAGCCCUGUAGAUCAGCACAUUUGAAAGCGAUGGAGGAAGCCAAAAAGGCCGGAGCUUUGCUUUCAUAUGAUCCAAACCUACGGCUGCCAUUGUGGCCUUCUGCAGAGGAGGCUCGCGAGCAGAUCAUGAGCAUUUGGGAUAAGGCAGAGGUGAUCAAGGUCAGCGAUAACGAGUUGGAAUUCCUUACAGGAAACUCCACAAUAGAUGAUGCUACAGCAAUGUCAUUGUGGCACCCUAACUUAAAGCUUCUCUUGGUCACUCUUGGCGACCAGGGUUGCAGAUACUACACCAAGAAUUUCAAGGGAAGCUUGGAUGGAUUUAAGGUGAAUGCAGUUGACACCACUGGUGCUGGUGACUCCUUCGUUGGUGCAUUGCUAAACAAGAUCGUCGAUGACCAUUCUAUCAUCGAGGACGAAUCAAGAUUGAAAGAGGUGUUGAAAUUCGCUAACGCAUGUGGAGCUAUUACAACCACGAAGAAGGGAGCCAUCCCAGCACUUCCUACAGUUGCUGAUGCGCUAGAGCUUAUUAAGAAGAACGCUUCUUAAGUCUUAAUGCGUUUCAUAUUAUUGCAUUUGUCCUUUAUCAACUUGGUUGGGUUCUUUGUCUUAAUUUUUUUGGGUGGUUAGAUCACUUGGUUCUGUUAUGGAGGUUGCUUUUGAUUUUCCAGGAUUUGAUUUGAUUAGCAAAUUGAAAGAGAGCGGGGACAAAACCUUACAGUGGAAUCCCCCUUUCUAAAUUUUCCCCCAUAAUAUGUAAUAUGAUAAGCUUAAGUCUUUGAAAGCGUAAUCAUAAAUAAAUAUUCUCGUUGUGCGUCUUUUUGCAAUUCAAAGAGGCAAUUUUAGUUAUUUUA